AUGAAGCAAGAGAGCGAUGGUCUUGAAAAAUCAGCAAUUGUUAGACUCUUAAGUCAUGACCACGAGCACAAUCUGCAAUAUUUGGGGCCUUUCUCUUUAGGCUCUAUAACUAGUGCAAUUAAAAAACUUUUAAGCACAUCUUCACCAUUGGAAACAAUUUCAGAAACAUCAAGAGCCGACUUCUAUGGUCCGAUGAAAAUACCAAGAGCUCUGAAUAUCACUUUCCUUAAAAGCUUUAUGACUUUGGCACAUGAAAAGUAUUUUCUUUUGGAGCCAUACAUGCUCGUCGAAACACUAAAGAAGAAUCCAUCUACACGUAAAAAUUGGGAAGGAUUUUGUCUUGAAAUGGCUUUGGGUAUAGGCUGUCGAUUGGUAUGGUUAACUCGUGUAAAAACAUAUCCACAACCUCAAUAUUAUUUCAAUAAUGCAAUGCGGUAUCUUUCGAAAGCAGAAAUGAAACCAUUGAGAGAAAUUCAGGCAUGCGCUCUUAUUGGAGCCUUUGUGGAAAGAUGUUUUACGGAAAAUUCCCACUUCUAUAUGAGUUCUUGGGAAUUAAUAGGGAUGGCUCUCAGAAAAUUAAUUCAAUACGGAUAUCAUAAGAAAAGGAAACUCUCUUUGAAUACGGCAAUUGAGUACGAAGGUACUAAAAGAAUAUUUUGGUCAAUAUAUUGCUUCGAAAAAGCACUUUCACUUUCGUUAGGUCGUCCAAGUUCUAUUAACGAUGAUUUCAUUGAUAUUCCUUUGCCAAUCAGCUUUAAGAUGUCGGAUAAUCCGACUGAAAUACAAAUCAGAUGUCUUUUCGAAAAACAGAAAAUGCAACAAAAUAAUGAUAAAUUUGAUCAACCAGUGACAGAAAUCACCAUCUUAAUUAAGGCAACUUUAAUGAGCAAAAUUAGAGCCAAAAUGCAAGAAAUCCUUUCUUCUGUGGAUUGCGGUACUUCAAAAAAUGAAUUAUUUAAACAAAUUUCUGAUACUCUUGAGAAGUGGCAUCGGGAAUUACCUUCUAAGCAGGUAUUCAACAACGCUCUGGAAGAAAAAAAGAGUUAUGAAUCACUUGAAGUUCUUUAUUAUGAAGCAAAACUUUCUCUCUUAUUACCAAUGCUUAUGAUGCGUCGGUCCGAAGAGAGUUUGUUAUUAAAUGAUGUUUGUUCAGCUGCUUCUGGUAUAUGUGGAUGUUAUAUGAAAAUGUAUCAUGAAUCAGAUUUAAUAUUUAGCGUACAUGCGUUACGGACAACAUUUUUGGCCGGAAUGACAAUUCUAUAUUUUGUCAAAAUGUUUGGUCAUAAAAAACUCAAAAAUGUGCACAUCUCACUAAGAACUUGUUCUAGUCUUCUUAUCUUGUUUACAGAGCGUUGGCCAAGUUUUAAAAUUUAUCAAAAUCUGUUUGAUAGCUUAUGGGAUUUUAUUGAAUUGGAGAAACAGACGGAAGAUACGACAAGAGAUAGUAAAAACACCGUUAAGCUUCUGAACAAUAGAAGCAUAAAAAAUAUUGAUGAAGUGGUAGACCCAUACGCCAAUUUUCGUGCACAUUUUAAUAAAAAUUUUUGGAAUAUGGUCCUGUCACAUACUUGUUGA